AUGGGUCGAAUGUCGGGUAUAAAAUGGGAAAAAGCUACACAAUGUCGACCUGUUCACAACAUCAUUUCUUCAGAUUUUCCCAAGUAUAACCCCCAACCAUGGAAGUUUAUGGAAGGUCACCCACGUAUAGAAUGGUUGCUCUCAUACGAGUAUCAGAGAAUGUGGAUAGAUGAAAUUGAAGCUUGGAAGAAGCGAAUGUAUCCUGAAAAUACCACAGUAAAUGUAGACGUUGUGAAACGUUAUGUUCUUACUUUUAAAACUAAUCAUCAACCUGCAAAACCAGAAAAGAAGAAACCAUUUAAAAUGAAAAAGUUUGAAGGUAUUAAAGGUAAACUUGAUUCUAAACGUCCACCAAACGAUAAAGCGACGAAAGGAAGUAUAUCUCAAGAAAAUAGUAAAAGCGAAUAA